CUAAGGUUUGAAAAAAUGGAAGGAAUCAAAGAAAUUCUUCUUCUUGGUGGUUCCUAGGUAUGAAAAAAUUCCAGCAAACUUUGUACCCCUCUCUUCUUCCAUUCAAGGGCAAGGCUCAUAGUCAUGGGUGUAAUCUUUCUUCACCAGAGCUCUCAAAUGUAGAUGCUGCCUCCUUGUAACAGCAGCAGUAAUUGGUGGGUUCACCCUAUGAAGAAUAAAGCUGCUUUGAGUCCUUUUUUUGGCACUAGGCUUUAGAUUCAAUGGCCUUUCAAGCACAUACAUGGUCCAAUUGCCAGACAUGUCAAAAUUCUUUCUUCCAAGUAAUCUGAAUUAUGUGUUCUCAUUUGUUUCCUUGCUAUGGAAUUGGAAUAGGUUGCCGUUUUUUUGCUUCAUAUCCAUUCCUUUGUCUUGCAGGCUGCCUAAUGUGGUGUAUUGUGCAGAAGCAGGAAAAUAACAGGAUCUACCGAUGAUUUUUUUUAAUUACUGAAGCCAUAGCCAAAUUACCUGCACCAGAGAACUCCCCAUGAAGUUCUGCUUGACUGCUGUGUUUGUUUUCCUUCUCAACAUAGUCAUUUUCCUUCCAAUAGCUAUUGCAGACCUAGAGUCAGAUAAGCAAUCCCUUCUUAACUUUGCUGCUGCUGUUCCACAUCGUCGCAAGCUUAACUGGAACUCAACCAACCCAGUAUGCACAUCUUGGGUGGGUAUCACUUGCACUAAAGAUGGUACUCAUGUGCAAAAACUUCGGCUUCCUGGAGUUGGACUCAUUGGUCAAAUCCCCCCCAACACCCUUGGUAAACUAGAUGCCCUUACAACUCUCAGCCUUCGAUCCAAUCUCCUGAAUGGUGCUCUUCCUUCCGAUGUUACCUCCCUUCCAUCCCUCAGCCAUCUCUAUCUCCAACAUAAUAACUUCUCUGGUGACCUUCCUGCCAACUUUUCCCAUCAACUAAAUGUAUUGGAUCUUUCAUUCAAUUCCUUCACAGGCAACAUUCCAGAAACAGUGCAAAAUUUGACAUUACUCACUGGAUUGAGCCUUCAGGAAAACAAUCUAUCAGGAUCAAUACCUGAUCUUAAACUUCCUGGGCUCAAGCAUUUAAAUUUAAGCUACAACCAGCUUAAUGGAUCGAUUCCAUCAUCUCUUAAAGGAUUUCCUAAUGCAUCCUUUGUAGGAAAUUUACAUUUGUGUGGACCACCUCUGCAGCCUUGCUCCCCUAACCUUCCCCCAUCUCCGGCAUACUCUCCACCCCCACCAGUGCUCCCUCUGAAACCGGGCUCCAAAAAGAAAUUGAGUUUAGGUGUCAUCAUUGCCAUUGCAGCUGGAGGGGCUGUGAUGCUGUUUCUUUUAGCUUUGGUUAUCUUAUGCUGCUGUUUGAAGAAAAAGGAUGACAGGGGCAGUGGUGCUUCAAAAGGAAAAACUUCUAGUGGUGGCAGAACUGAGAAGCCAAAAGAAGAGUUUGGAAGUGGGGUGCAAGAGCCUGAGAAAAAUAAGCUGGUUUUCUUUGAAGGUUGUUCUUACAAUUUUGACCUUGAGGAUUUAUUGAGGGCUUCAGCUGAAGUGCUGGGAAAGGGUAGUUACGGCACAGCAUAUAAGGCUGUCUUGGAGGAGUCGACAACAGUGGUAGUCAAAAGGUUGAAGGAAGUGGUUCUGGGGAAGAAGGAUUUUGAGCAGCAGAUGGAGAUGAUAGGAAGAGUUGGACAACACCAGAAUGUUGUGCCACUCCGUGCUUAUUAUUACUCGAAGGAUGAGAAGCUAUUGGUUUAUGACUACAUCACAGGUGGCAGCUUAUCCACAGUCUUGCAUGGGAACAAAGCGGGUGGGAGGACCCCACUUGACUGGGAAACCAGAGUAAAAAUCUCUCUUGGAGCUGCCAGAGGAAUUGCUCACAUCCAUUCUGUUGGUGGUCCAAAAUUUACUCAUGGAAAUAUCAAGUCCUCAAAUGUUCUCCUAAACCAAGAUCUUGAUGGUUGCGUUACUGAUUUGGGCUUGACACCUCUCAUGAAUGUCCCUGCUACUCCAUCUCGGAAUGUGGGCUAUCGUGCUCCAGAGGUGAUUGAAACCCGGAAGCACACUCAUAAGUCAGAUGUGUACAGCUUUGGUGUCCUCCUCCUCGAGAUGCUAACUGGAAAAGCCCCACUUCAGUCACCAACACGUGAUGACAUGGUCGACCUCCCUAGGUGGGUUCAGUCUGUCGUUAGGGAAGAAUGGACAGCCGAGGUCUUUGAUGUUGAGUUGAUGAGGUUCCAAAACAUUGAAGAAGAGAUGGUGCAGAUGUUGCAAAUUGCCAUGUCUUGUGUUGCUAAGGUUCCAGAAAUGCGACCAAACAUGGAUGAAGUCGUUAGACUGAUUGAAGAAGUCCGGCAAGCUGACACAGAGAACCGACCAUCUUCUGAAGAUAAUAAAUCUAAAGAUUCAAAUGUGCAGACCCCAUGAUUGAUCAAAGGUUUUCAUGUUUCAUUGAGCUAGAGGACUAAUCAUUGUAUACUGUGUUGUGCAUCAUCCGAACCCAACAUGCAUGUGUUUCUUCUUAAAUUGCGAGAUUGUUCUGUUGUGCCAUUUUUCGUAGGUGGUUUUUAUUUUUCUUGAUUGUUGUAAUAAUCAUUUCAGCAAUUAAUUUUUUAAUUACUU